AAGUAGAUAGAAACUUGAGGGCGAUCACACAAAAAGGCCUGCGUUGCUUCAGUUCAGCCUCUCGUCGUUCUUCACCUGAAACAACACAUUGUACUUAGGCAAAGUAGUACUACACCAUAGCGUCAUAUACACACAGAAUGGCAGGCCAGACAACAUGGCUCCUGCUCGCUGCUGCUUCUCUCCUGUGGCUGCUGCCAUGGACUUCUGCCGUCGACAGAAGCGACUUCCCUGCGUCGUUCCUCUUUGGCACGGCCACUUCCUCUUAUCAGAUUGAAGGUGCAUACCUUGAGGACAACAAGAGUUUAAGCAACUGGGAUGUGUUCACUCAUGUACCAGGAAGAAUCAAAGAUGGAAGUACCGGGGAUAUCGCCGAUGAUCACUAUCACCGUUACGAGGGCGACGUUGAGCUGAUGCACUCUCUCGGCAUAAAUGCCUACAGGUUCUCGAUUUCAUGGGCCAGAAUUCUUCCAAAAGGGAGAUUCGGCAAAGUCAACCCAUCAGGAAUUGAUUUCUACAACAAACUUAUCGAUUUACUUCUGCUCAAAGGAAUACAGCCGUUCGUCACACUGACCCACUACGACAUAACGCAAGAGCUCGAAGACAGAUACGGAGCUUGGCUCAGCGCCGAGAUACAGUACGAUUUCGGGUACUUCGCGGACGUGUGCUUCGCCGCGUUCGGCGACCGCGUCAAGUACUGGGCCACCUUCAACGAGCCGAACGCCGCCGUGCGGAAGGGCUACAUGGUCGGCACCUACCCGCCGGGCCGGUGCUCGCAGCCGUUCGGCUCCUGCGCCAGCGGCGACUCCGACGCCGAGCCCUACGUCGCCACCCACAACAUCGUCCUGUCCCACGCCACCGCCGUCGAGAUAUACAAGCGAAAGUACCAGAGCAAGCAGAAGGGCCUGAUCGGCAUCGUGAUGUACACCACCUGGUACGAGCCGCUCACGGAUGCACCCGAGGACCGGCUGGCGACUGAACGGGCACUGACCUUCGAUGUCCCAUGCUGCAGGUUUCUUGAUCCAAUAGUCUACGGCGAUUACCCUCCGGAGAUGCGGCAGCUCCUGGGCUCCCGGCUGCCGAGCUUCUCGCCGGAGGACAGAAGGAAGCUGCGUUACAAGCUGGACUUCAUCGGGGUGAACCACUACACAACCCUGUACACCAAGGACUGCAUGUUUUCGUCAGAUUGCCCAUUGGGGCAGGAGACCCAGCACGAGCUGGUGGCCGUCACCGGAGAGAGAAACGGACUCCCUAUCGGGCCUCCAACAGCGAUGCCAACGUUCUACGUUGUUCCUGACGGGAUAGAGAAGAUGGUCACCUACAUCAUGAAGAGAUACAACAAUCUGCCAAUGUUCAUCACCGAAAAUGGUUAUGCACAAGGUGGAGAUAAUUAUGCUCGUGUUGAUGAUUGGCUUGAUGACAAGGGCAGGAUAGACUAUCUUGAUGGCUACCUCACCAAAGUUGCCAAAGUUAUCAGGGAUGGAGCUGAUGUUCGUGGCUACUUCGUCUGGUCUCUUGUCGACAAUUUUGAGUGGCUAUUUGGAUACACCCUCCGAUUUGGACUUCACUACGUUGAUUACGAAACACAGGAAAGAAAGCCAAAGUUGUCCGCGCAGUGGUACAAAGGAUUCCUCCAAAGCAUGCCUGAAGCUCAAUAGAGCAAAUGCCUAACUUAAAGCUUGAAAAAUGUGAUUGAACAUGCAGCUCUUCAAUUUAUGAAAACGAAGAGCUUGAUCUUUGUAUACAGUAAUCCUGAAUAAAGUGUCUUGUUAGUCCCAA